GCUUAUGCGAAUGGUUCUAGCACGGACUACAUCGAGAAGGUCCUGAAGCUGCCUUCCGUUUGCACCAAUACCGGUGUUAAGCAUCUGCACCAUGCGGCCUUGCGCUUCGAUGUUGGCGUCUACUUUGAAGCCAACGGUCACGGUACCAUCACUUUCUCUGAGACCGCCUUGAAGACCAUUAAGAACACCGAGCCUCAGUCUCCUGCCCAGCAGCGCUCCCUUGAGUGCCUCCAGGCUCUCACUGACCUGAUCAACCAAGCGGUCGGUGAUGCCAUCUCCGACAUGCUCCUUGUCGAAGCUAUUCUUGCUCACAAGGGCUGGAGCCCCAAGGAAUGGCUUGCCACUUACACCGACCUUCCCUCGCGACUUGUCCGCGUGGAGGUUGCAGACCGCUCCAUCUUCAAGGCUUACGAUGCCGAGCGCAAGCUCGAGUCGCCCGCCGGCCUGCAGGCUAAGAUUGAGUCUCUCCAGUCCCGCUACAACAAGGGCAGAAGUUUUGCCCGUGCAAGUGGCACGGAAGAUGCGGUGCGUGUCUAUGCCGAGGCAGCAAGCCGCUCUGAAGCGGACGAUCUUGCUACCCGCGUCGCCAACGCCGUCCGCGAGGCUGGCACUGCCAAGGAAACAUUGCAGUCUGCUUGA